CAGCCGGCGUGGAAGCGCUGCGCUCCCGGCCGCAGAGUGGGGAACAUAUUGUGAGAGAAGUUUCGCCUGAGCUGAGGGAACAGGAGACAGAGUAACUUCAACAUGUGGCUGUCAGAGGCAUCGGUGUGAGCGUCUCCGUCCCCGAAGGUCCCCGCGAGAGAGCUGGGGCACGGAGCUCCAGAGGACAGCAGACAGGCAGCGCGUGCACUCUGGCAGGUGUUAGAGGUUUGUGCCACUGCCCGAAGUGUUCAGGUUUGCUCCAUUCGUGUGCACUCACGUGGCUCUCCAAGCACUGGAAACUCACCUGCUGGUUCCUGCCCAGCCAAUGUGGUGGGAGCAUAGAGUGCCGUGGGAGCUUUAACCCUGGUCCUUGGGCUCAGCUGUCUCCCUGGCUGUAUCUCCAAGAACAUCUUUAGAAGCUCUGUGGAAAAUAGCAGGUGCAGAAGAGCUGCUGGCCCCCACUGCUGCUCCUGCUGCCACACUCUGCUGGGACCUAAUACCUUAAAAAAAAACAUCACCAUUUCUGCCAUGGAUCAGCAGCCCGCUGUGCCGGUAUGACAGAGCAUGUCCCUGAGGCACAGAACUUCCAGUCCCAGCAGAAGACACGAGGGGGGAGGUCAGGACGUACAAAACUCCUAGGCUGGUCGGAAGGCACAUUGUGAAAGGUAAAUGGGAGAUUUGGAGACUAGCUUAAUCCAUACACGAAAAACAUGUAGAAUAGAGCAAAUGGUAGCAAAAUGGCUUCAUCGCUCUCGGGACAGCGCACCCAGGGGCAGUGUGCCUGUGAUGGACAGCACCGGGGACAGCACAGCCCAGCCCCCCAGCCGGGUCAAAGUGACCGUCACUGUGUACAAGGACCUCAUCCUGCAGCACUACGGCUUUGAGAUCUGCCCAGGCCUUCCUCUGACCAUUGCAUCUGUCACUGCAGGGAGCACGGCUGAGGGGAAGCUGCAGCCAGGUGACCAGCUCCUCAUGAUCAACUCCACCACAGUGCACGACAUGUCUGUGGAGCGGGCAGCCAGCAUCAUCAGGGAGGCUGGCGAUGAGCUGCUCCUGACCGUCCUGCGCUGCACGUCCGGUGGCCCCAAGUCAUCGUUCCUCACCGCAGAGAAGCGGGCAAGGCUGAAAACAAACCCCGUCAAAGUGCGGUUUGCGGAGGAGGUGCUGCUGAACGGACACUCCCAGGGGAGCUCCCUCCUGUUCAUGCCCAAUGUUCUCAAGGUGUACCUGGAGAAUGGACAGACAAAGGCAUUCAGGUUUGAGAGGAGCACCACUGUGAAGGACAUCCUGCUGACGCUGCAGGAGAAGCUGUCCAUCCGCAGCAUCGCCCACUUCGCGCUGGUGCUGGAGGAGCAGUACAACCUGGCCAAGAUCCACCUGCUGCACGAGGAGGAGCUCAUUGCACAGGUGGUCCAGAAAAGAGACUCUCAUGACUACCGCUGCCUCUUCAGAGUGUGCUUUGUCCCCAAGGACCCCUUGGACCUCCUGCAGGAAGACCCAGUGGCCUUUGAAUAUCUGUACCUGCAGAGCUGCAGCGAUGUGCUCCAGGAAAGGUUUGCUGUGGAAAUGAAGUGCAGCGUGGCGUUACGUCUGGCUGCUCUGCACAUACAGGAGAGGAUCUACGCAUGUGCUCAGCCACAGAAAGUGUCCUUGAAAUACAUCGAGAGGGACUGGGGAAUCGAAAACUUCAUCUCACCCACCUUGCUUCGAAACAUGAGAGGGAAGGACAUCAAGAAAGCCAUCAGCUACCAUCUGAAGCGGAACCAGGUGCUUCUGGACCCUCGGCAGAAGCACACGCUCACAGCAGCCCAGGUGCGCCUGAGCUACCUACAGAUCCUGGGAGAGCUGAAGAUGUACAGUGGAAAGAUCUUCAAUGCCACCAUGAUGCUGCAGGACAGGGAGUCGUACGUGGCAUUGCUGGUGGGCGCCAAGCAUGGCGUGAGCCAGAUCAUCAACAGCAAGCUCAACAUCAUCACCAGCCUGGCAGAGUUCCCCAGCAUCAGCAGGGUGGAGCUCAGCGAGGAGUCUGAGCGAGUGAGCACUGUCAAGAUCUACCUGCAGGACCUGAAGCUGCUUACUCUGCUGCUGGAAUCAAAUAGUGCGAAGGAUCUUGUCUGCCUCAUCGUUGGUUACUACAGACUCUUUGUGGAUGCAAACGUGUCCAUAUUUACCUGGGGAGAGAAAAAACAACAACUGCACCGUGUCUCAGCUGAAGAAGGGUAUGAAUCCCGAGCCUGCAGCGACUCUGAAGAUUCCUGGGACCUAGAUUCCUCCUCGGAGCGUCGCAUGGACACCGCUGUGGCGUGUGGCGGUGCGGAGGGGCAGGGAGAGCCCUGCAGCCCCGGGGGGAGCAGCGCAGAGCCCCCGGCUGGAGCGGGUGACCCGCGGAACACGGGUGACAACGCCACCGACAGCGCAUCCGAGGCGUCCGACUCGGCCAACACCGAGAGCCGAGGGUUCAAGACGAGCGGCUCCAGUGACUCCAUGGAUGCGCUGGAGGAAGAUGAGCUGGAAGCGUGCUCUUCCUCCAGGCCAGAGCUGUUCCACUUUUACACGCCGACCGUGCAGGAGAUGAGCAGCUCCGCCAGGAGCUUCGUGCCGGUGUGUGCCGCGGGGAGCCCCGCCGGGGCGGGAGCCGGGGACUAUUUUUGCUUCCUGCAGGUGCCGCCGGCGGGGCAGGCGGGGCCCGGGGGCGGCCCCUCGGGGCAGGGCUCCACUCUGGAGGCUAGGCUGUCCGAGGUGGACACCACGGGCUACUACAGCCUGUGCUACAGCACAUCCCCCGCGGCCAGCGCGCAGGGCAGCGGCGCCGGCCCGGGGCACGGUGCUUCAGCCCAGGAACGGCGCAGCGCAGGGGACAGCGACCUCGUCCUGAGGCCACCCCCGGGCUUCAGUGACUCCAGCUCCGAGGAGGAGUUCUACGAUGCUGCGGACAGGCUCAGCCCUCCGGACACGCUGGCAGGCUAUGAUACGGCAUCCUGGAACGGCACAGAGAACUCCUGCAUCCCAAAGAGGCUGAGGUGCUAUAUGUUGGGGGAGGACCCAUUGAUGAGGGAGAAGCACGGGCAGGAGAAGGAGCUGACCUACACCAAGAGCCUGAGGAAGAGAAGGUCCUUCCUGAAAACUGAUUACACCUCCCAGGUCAGUUUCCCUGCGGCUCUCCUGGGCUCUCCACAGCGUUGCUGCUCCUGGCCACCCACUCAACCCUCUAGAGAGGACACAGGGAAGGACAUGGAGAUCAGGCUUCCUGUGGCCACCCAGGCCCAGAGAGACACUGCUGGCACAGACGCCUGCUCUGAUCUGAUGGACGUGGAGCCUGACACCACGGAGACAAAGUCAGUGAUGGAAUGGCUGGUUUCCUCCAUUUCGAACAUUCACCAUCCUGGUGACCAGUGUGGGGAUGAGGACAACAGCAUCCAGCCAGAACAGCCUCCUUUGCUGUCCCUAGAACCCCUUCCCAGAGGUCAGAGUGGAGCUGCCCAGGAAAGCUCCCCAGUGGAGAUGGAUCCCAGGUAUCUGAGCGAGGAGAGCUGUGUGCCCGCUGGAGGCUGGCAGACCCAAGGGGCACAGGAGGAGGGGAGUGAGGUGGUGGCCACUCAGCACAAGGCCAGUGUUGUGCCCUCUGCUGUUGACUGCCCCUCUGACAAACUCCUGCUGCUGCCAUCGGCUCCUGGCCCCAGCACGGCCCCUUCCUGGGACCUGGCCCAGGACCAGGGGCCACUCCUUGUGACUGUGGAGCCUUCCCUGGCUCCCUGUCAGGAGAGCAAAGACGAUGGUCAGAGCUGUAUCAUUGGCAAGGGCAGUGCUGGUGGUGGGGGCAGUGCUGAUGGUCAGUGCCAUGCCAGCAGCAGCAGUGAGGGGACUGUGUCCCGGGACAGGAGCCGACAGGUGGUGAAUGGGGAGACCCUGAGGAAGGUGCACGAAGGCCAUGCGGGGUUCCCAGAUGCCGUCCAGCUCCUGGCAGACUGCGGCAGUGCCUCGGGGGUUCUCACCCGCCUCUCCUGGCUCUCAUUCGGGGUGAGGACUGACCCUGUGUCACGCAGCCUGCUGCAGGAUAGGGUCGAUGACCCACUGGAGCCUUUGGCCUGUCUGACCACCAGCAGGUGCAUGGGAACCAGUGCUGUUGGAAGGAAGAUGCCAACAUCUCCUGUGGGAGCAGGUUUUGGCAAGGAGUUGGUGAGCAGCUCAGGGCAGCCCACAGGAGACACAGGAAAUGUGGCUCAGCAGGAGCCACAGCUUGCACAGGCUUCUCUUCCCAGAGAACAGUCUGCAGGGCUGGGGAAGGAUUCCUGCCUGGCUUCAUCUGCAGGGCUUUCCAUCUCCUCAAUUCCAGUUCCCUUGGGGAAAGGAGCAGGAGACCACAGGGCUGCAAAAUACCCCUUCCUCUGUUUUAACCCCAAGGAGGGUGAGCAGACCCCUAUGGCCCCCAUCCCAGCCAGGCCCUUGGGCUGUUCCCCAGCACCCCGUGGAUUGGACAGCUGUGGCUGCCGACUGCCCUACAUUAGCUGCUUCCCCCAGCCCCACAACCAGGGGGAGCAUGAAACCAGCCCCCCCCAGUUUCCAGGACCUCUCACCACCCCACCAUCCAGCAGCUUCAGCUUUCCCAGGACCCCGGGGAGUGGCUUCCCAGUUUCCAUUGCUGGGGAUGUGGUGGGGCAGGAUCCUCACAUCCGAGUGCUUGGGCAGCUGAAGGACCAGGCAUGGAUGACCCCUGCAGAUUUUUCCCGCUUCCUGGCCUACACUGUGGAGCUUCAGGAGGUUGUAGGGAAGCUCUGUGGGAACCAGGCAACCCACCUGCAUGACCAAUGUGCAGAGCAGGGUGCAGAGAGCAAGGGUGCCCUUGGCUGGGCUUCCCAGGACUUGCUGUCCAGCUGCCAGGCACUCCUGAGCACGGAGCAGCCUCUCACAGAGGUGCAGUGUGCACUGAGAGCAACGUUUGACCGCCUGGUUCACCUGGCAGUGACCUGCUUCCAGGUGACACACUGCCAGCAGUGCAGGCAGAGACAGCAGGAGCUGGGAGCUGCGCUGGGGGAUGUGGUGGGCACCUACCAGCAGCUGGUGCAGGCUCUGCACCAGCAGCUCCAUGGGCAGGUCUGCCCUGAAUUGGGCACCAAGCUCCUUGCCCGCCAGCACACAGCCCUAUCAGCUGCCAUCUUCUGUCUCCUGCAGCAGUUCAGGGCAUCCCCAUGGCUGUGACAGGUGGCGUAGGGGCACACGAGGGCAUUGAGAGGGACAGAGCCCAGAUGUGCGCACUCUGUCCACCUCGGGCUCUCCCCAGACAAUGUUUAGCCCACGAUGGCCAUGGGAAAAUGUACCCACACCCGCUGGCUGGGCUCCCCAAGAGCAGCCAUGCCCCAGGUGCUCUUGGAACACUGCAGUGUGUGUCUUGCCCAGGGCUUGUCCUUUGCCUCCCACAGGCUGUGCAGGGGGUCAGUCUCACGGUGCUGUCUCAGCUGCCUUUGAUGCUUAAUGGCCUGUGUUACUCACGAGGAAGAGUGGGAGCCUUUCACUCUGCUCUCCAGGCAGGCUCUGGACUAAAGGGACAUCCAACCCCACCCUGGCCGAAUGUGAUGGACCCCAGGUGGGUUUCUCCACCUUCUGUGGCCGAGGGAACACAGAUCCCAUAUUCAGCUGCUUUUCCUUAGCCAGAGAAGGUCAUCCCAGCCGAGGUGGCAGCAGUGCUGCUCCGUGCGGUUCCUGUGUCAGCAGCUGCUCUGCUGCCCCGUGCUGGUGAGCCAGACAGGCCCAUGUGAGCUCCCACCUACCAUCGAAGCAGCUCACGGCUUUGUGUCUGCCAGAAGAAAGGGCAAGCCCCGACACCGUAAUGCUGCAGUCAGAGCUGUGCAGGGACCCCAGCGAGGAUCAGCCCUGUCCCCCUCCCAGCAGGUGCAGCUCACCUUGGUCAGCUGUGAGCUGCAAGGUGGUUUUGCUGUGCAUUCCUGCGAGGCAGCACUGCAGUACCCUUGGAUGGAGGGGCAGAGGCCAGUCCCUCGUUGCUGAGGUCCAGCCUGGGGAUAUUGGGGAAUGACUGCCUUUCCCCAAGGAGCUGCUGCUGCAGCCCAGGGGCUCUGCACUAGGCAGCUGAGGGGCAUGGGUGGGCUUGAGUGAUGGCACGUCUCUCCAGGCACUAUGGGGACAGGACUGUCCCCUGUCUCUGGGACACUGAAGGGGACCAUUUCCACACCCAGCUUGCCAAGAGCCGCCAGUGCACAGCAACAGGCACUGGACAACACUGACACCGUGACACUUGGAGUCCCUGUUGUGGCUUAACCUCAGGUAAACCCCUGGCUUGGGUUAAACCACAGCAGCUCCCAACUGCUCCUGCAGACCCACUGUCGCACACACUUGGACUUGAGCCCCAGGGCUGUGAAAGGGUCUUGCUGUGAAAGAGGAAUGAAAACCCAUAACCAAAUUUACCUCAGAUGACUUUCAGGUCCUGCUGCCACUGGCCAUGAGGGGCUCUUUUGGCAGCAAUGGCUGAGGUAAUGUAUGGACUCAGCUGCACCACACUGCACACUUCCUGCUGUGGCUGUGGCAUGUGACACUGCUCUGUGCAGGGCACAGCCAGGCCCAGGUACCUCCCAGCAGGGACAUGGGGUCAGGGACCUGUGUGUGUCAGGGGUGACGAGGUACCACUCAUCAUUAACUCAUCAUAAUAAUGGGGAUCUAAACCUUUUAUU